AUGUCUGCGAAUGUGACUCGGGUUACGGUGGAAAGUACUGUACAUCAAUUCUAUAUCUCUUCUUUAGCAUGCUCUGUGGGUCUCUGGGGACCAUCAUGCCAACGAAAAUGCGAUUGUGAAAAUGGAGCCAAUUGUGAUCCAGAAACGGGUGUCUGCAUCUGUCCAGCCGGUUAUCAGGGCGAAAGGUGUGCUGAGGAAUGCCCACCUGAUCGCUAUGGUCCCAAUUGUACCGAGAGGUGUCUUUGCCAAAAUGGUGGCAGAUGCGACAAAGAUGGAAAAUGCAAUUGUCUCGAUGGCUUUGCUGGCGAAUUCUGUCUCCGAAAGUGUGAUGAAGGAAAAUUUGGCGCAAAUUGCAAGUUUGAAUGCAAUUGCAAGAAUGGAGCCACUUGCGAUGCUGUAAAUGGACGAUGCAUUUGUGCGGCUGGUUUUACCGGUCCAACAUGUGAGGAUAAAUGUCCAGAUGGUUAUUAUGGCCAGAAUUGCACUCACGUCUGCGAUUGUCUAAACAAUAACAAAUGUGAUCCGAUCAGUGGCAUGUGUUUAUGCGUUGGAUGGAUGGGCGAAAAGUGUGAACGUGGAUGUCCGAGAGGAUUCUAUGGACCUAUG